AUGUGUUUUGUUGAGUACGCGUUUGUGGUAGGCGAAGCGCGUGUGAAAAGGAGAGUUGCGGAGCUAGAAAAGAGAGGCAACAAGCCAAAAACGAUGAGCGAGCGAGCAUGUGCCGACGAGGGUGAACGCCGUGAGAAGGAAAGAAGAAAGAGAGCAGAGUCUAAGAAGAAGUGGCAGAGGAAGAAGAAGAGAAAAGAAAUAAAACUAAGACGUAAAGGCUCAGCUCGGUACGGAGAGGACGGGCAGAAUGGAGCAGACAAAAAUCUGGCACAUAUGGAAUGGUGCGUAUGUGUAUGGAAGCAGGUUGAUUGA